AUGGAAAAUAGGUCCAGAAAAUACUUUUCCAUUGAGGCCCAAAUAUUUUCCCAAAAAAAUCAAGGGAUUCCUCUUUUCCAUCGUUGCUCGCUGCUCUCAUUCGAGCUUGCUCCUCCUCAAGCUCACUGCUCAUCCUCAAGAUCUGCUCUCACAAGAUUGGUAUUAGUUAUGGAACCGGAGCGUGGAUUGUCUACCCAAAAAUCAUCUAAGGUUAAAAACGAAGAGAAAAAGGCCAACUUUCGCUGGUCAAAGGACAUGUCAAAGGAGUUACUCAACUUUUUAGCCGAAGAAGUUAAAAAGGGAAACCGGCCUAACAAUACUUUUCGAACAAGUUCUUUUGUGGCUGCUGCAAAGAUUAUCUCUGAGAAGUUUCAAACCAAUUGCACCUCAGAACAUGUGGAGAAUCAUAUGAAAACUGUGAGGAAUGCAUGGGUGGCUAUAUCAACAGUCCGAAACAGCUACGGGUUUGGAUGGAACGAUAACUUGAAGAUGGUGACAACAUCUCCCACAGCAUAUGCUACUUAUGUUAAGGAAUAUCCAAAAUAUGAAAAGUUUUUUAAUAGAAAAAUUGAUAUGUAUGAGGAGAUGGCUAUAGUAGUGGGUAAAGAUUUAGCACGGGGGAACUUCUCCAAGACAUUUUCCGACAUCGAUGUUGAUGCUUCAAUGGAAAGUGGACAACCAAGUAUGACUAUUGAUAGUGUGCCUUCCAAGGCUGAGAGUAAGGCUGAUAGUGGUACCUCGUCGGGCUCAAGGCCACAUUGAAAGAGGUCUCGAACUGACGAAGGAUCGGAAAUGGAACACAUUUCAGCACAACUUCAAGAAGUGGUUAGUGCUCUCAAAAAUUUUCCAAACAAUCAACUUGAUGUGGAGAAGCUUUGUGACGAAAUUAUGAAGAUGGAGGACAUUGAAGAAGGGGUGCGUGUUGCUGUUUUUGAUCACUUGGUGGAGCGCGAAAUGCUUGCAAAAGCAUUUUUGACAAAAAGCUUGCCACUACGCAAACUUUGGAUCGAAAAGUUUGUCAAAAACUAUAAACAUUAAAGUCUGUUUGCUGCUUCCACUCUAAUUUCUGGUAGGCUGCUGGAAGCUGAUUUUCCUGCCCCCUUGCUAUUGGCUGCUAUAUGCUGUUAUAUGGGUUGUGUUGCCGUGUCUGUUAAUGUCUAGUAUUCUUUUUAAUUUUAAGCCUGUCAACUGCAGCUUCUGAGAUAAUGCUCAAUGUUGAACCUUACUAGUGUACUUAUCUAUCUGGGUACCCCAUCUACCUAUGCAGUUAUUUGAAAUGUUUGUUGUUUAAUGCCAAGCUGCAUAUCUGAUGGGUAGCUUUUUGUCCAGUGUACAUACUUCCAUAGUUGAUCCUUUUGAGUACUUAUUAAUAACUUUUGAUCA